AUGUGCUCACAUUCGCACUCCCCCUUGCUCCCCUCCCCCGUUCUCCACGACACAUGCAUCUUUUCCUCCCCCCCCACAUCACCUUCCGCCCUCACGCUCGUUUUCCAACCUCACUGCCGCUUCAGCAGCUCGUGUUUCAUGCAGCCGCGCAGCACCGUUGCUCCACACAAUCCUUGCUGCGCCGCACCCUGUGCCCUUUCUUUCUCCCCACACACAGGCAACCCCUUUUCGCACGCCAUACAAGUUUCACCCCCCCUGCUUCCCCCACACUCACUCAUGCUCGCCUUGCUGCUGCGCACCCCCUACCUCCUGCACCUUCCUCCCCCCUGCAUGCUUCCUCCGCCUGCGCCGCUACCCUCCACAUACGCCCCUCCCUUUCCCCGUCCUCUCAGGGGGCCACACGGCGGAGAUGCUGUGUGUGGUGGGCGCCCUGGACCACACACAUACGUGUUCACCCUCCCUGCUCCUUCCACAAUUACUCCCUUCCGCCCCGCGCCCCUGCCUUUCCUCCGCCCCCUCAGGCGGCCACACGGCGGAGAUGCUGUGUCUGGGGGCCACACGGCGGAGAUGCUGUGUCUGGUGGGUGCGCUGGACCACGGGCGCUACAGCCCGCGCUGCUACAUCGCUGCUGCCACCGACGCCAUCAGCCUGCCCAAGGCACGCCAGCUAGAGCAAGCCCUCGCACAGAAAGCAACCACUUCCCCCCUCGCCCCUGCCUCGGCCGCCCCCCCCCCUUCGUACCUAUCGGGGUAUUGCAGUCGAGAGGUGGAGCACUUAUACGUCACCUCCAUGCUCAUCCUGCGUUUUCCCCACUCCUGCUCGCACAUCCCAUGCAUAGCAGGAAGCGCCUGCUCCCGCCUUGCCUGUCCCGCCCCCCUCGUACCUAUCGGUGUAUCGGAGUCGAGAGGUGGGGCAGUCAUACCUCACCUCAGUGCUCACCACCAUCGCCGCCACGCUGCACGCCAUGCUGCUUGUGGCGCGUGUCAGACCCCAACUGGUGCGUCCAUCCAUGCCGCUUUCCUCUUGUCUCUUGUGCUGCUGUGGCUUCGUUUCUGUUACAGUCUGAUUUCUCGUGGACCUGCCACUCAGUGGCAUGCCAUUCCAUGGCAUAGCAUUCAUCAUAGCAUUCCUGCGCUCUUCUCUCAUCACAGCUCAUCAUUCUUGCCCAUCCGUGCCCGUCCUUGUCCAUCCGUCUCGCUCCAUGCAUAUGCAGCUGCUCUGCAACGGGCCGGGCACCUGCCUGCCAAUCUGCAUCGCCGUUUUCACACUGCAUGUGCAUGGGAGGUGCAUGGGAGGUGCAUGGGAGGUGCAUGGGAGGUGCAUGGGAGGUGCAUGGGAGGUGCAUGGGAGGUGCAUGGGAGGUGCAUGGGAGGUGCAUGGGAGGUGCAUGGGACUACAUCGACUUUGGUGCCUCCUCCCUUUCUGCACCCACAGCCACCAUCUUCAUCACCAUACAUCGGAUGUCCCCUGCUCUUCCCCACUUCUCACACCUUCCCUGACUCCAAUCUGACACCUGUCUCCUUCCCUUUGCGUUCCCUGCACAGCCAGUCCCAGAACACAGGAAAACAGAGCAAGGGGGUGCGGCUCAUGCGACUCAUCAGAACCCAAUUCCGCAACCCCUUACCAUCGUGGUGGCAGGUGCUGGGAGUGCAGAGCAGCAGCAUCGUGUUCGUGGAGAGUGUGGCGCGCGUUGCAGUGCUGGGAGUGCAGAGCAGCAGCAUCGUGUUUGUGGAGAGUGUAGCACGAGUGGACCACCUGUCGCUCACAGGCCGCCUGCUGCACCGCCUGGGCAUCGUAGACCGGUUCUUCGUGCAGUGGCCGCACCUCACCAGCUCAUGCAAGGGCACCCACUAUCUGCUGCCCCGCGCCCCGCUGCCCUGCGCGCUGCUGCCCCGCGCCCCGCUGCCCCGUGCGCCGCUGCCCCACGCGCUGCUGCUCCGUGCGUCGCUGCCCCGCGCACUGCUGCCCCGCGCGCUGCUGCCCUGCGCGCCCCGCUGCCCCGCGCACCGCUGCCCUGCGAGCUGCUGCCCCGCGCCCGCUGCCCUCCGCGCUGCUGCCCCGCGCCCCGCUGCCCCGUGCGCCGCUGCCCCACGCGCUGCUGCUCCGUGCGUCGCUGCCCCGCGCCCUGCUGCCCCGCGCGCCGCUGCCCCGCGCGCCCCUCUGCCGUGCGCCGCUGCUGCCCGUGCGCUGCUGCCGCCUGUGCGCCGCACCGCUGCUGCUGCCGCCCUUGCACCCCUGCCGCCCGCGCGCCGCCCAAACCCAACCCUAGCACUAACCAAGGUGUACACCACCUAG